AACUUAGGCAGCUCCCCAGCUCAGGCUGGCCCUGCCCCAGACUCCAACCCCUCCCUCUGGGGGUCAUGGCUUUGUUUUCUUCUAAAGACCCAAGAUUUCCAAACUCUGUGGUUGCCUUGCCUAGCUAAAAGGGGAAGAAGGGGAUCAGCCCAAGGAGGAGGAGGAAGAGGAAAACAAGACAAACAGCCAGUGCAGUGGAGAGGAACGUGUGUCCAGCGGUCCUGGUCCCCGCAGAGCCGGCCGCUGGGAGCCCAGAGCCCUGAGCAACCCCCAGCCCUGCAUCAGGCUGCUGCCUCCCCACUGAGGCCAUGGGUCCAGGGGCUCUUCUGGUCCUGCUGCUGGCCACAACUUGGCAUGGUCAGGGGGUUCCGGUGAUCGAGCCCAGUGGCCGAGAGCUGGUUGUGGAGCCAGGCACAACGGUGACCCUGCGAUGUGUGGGCAAUGGCAGCGUGGAAUGGGACGGCCCCAUCUCCCCCCACUGGACUCUGGACCCUGAUGCCCCCAGCAGCAUCCUGACCACGACUAAUGCCACCUUCCAAAACACGGGGACCUAUCGCUGCACUGAGCCUGGAGACCCCCUGGGGGGCAGCGCCGCCAUCCACCUCUACGUCAAAGACCCUGUUCAGCCCUGGAAGGUUCUGGCCCAGGAAGUGACAGUGUUGGAGGGUCAGGAUGCGCUGCUGCCCUGCCUGCUCACCGACCCGGCGCUGGAGGCGGGUGUCUCGCUGGUGCGGUUGCGUGGCCGGCCUGUCUUGCGCCAAACCAACUACUCCUUCUCCCUCUGGCACGGCUUCACCAUCCACAAGGCCAAGUUCAUUGAGAGCCAGCACUACCAAUGCAGUGCUCGGGUAGACGGCAGGAUGGUGACAUCCAUCAGCAUCCAGCUUAAAGUGCAGAAAGUUGUCUCAGGGCCCCCAACCUUGACACUGAAGCCUGCAGAGCUGGUGCGGAUUCGAGGAGAGGCUGCCCAGAUCAUGUGCUCAGCCAGCGACGUUGAUGUCAACUUUGAUGUCUUCCUCCAACACAGAGACACCAAGCUCACAAUCUCUCAACAAUCUGACUUCCGCGAUAACCGUUACCAAAAAGUCCUGAUCCUCAACCUCGAGCACGUGGGCUUCCAAGACGCUGGCAACUACUCCUGUGUGGCCACCAAUGCCCAAGGCGUCCGCUCCACCUCCAUGGUCUUCCGGGUGGUAGAGCGUGCCUACUUGAACUUGACCUCUGAGCAGAACCUCCUCCAGGAGGUGACCGUGGGUGAGAAGCUCAACCUCCAAGUCAAAGUGGAGGCCUACCCGGGCCUAGAAGGUUUUAACUGGACCUAUCAGGGACCCUUCUCUGACCACCAGCCCAAGCUCAAUUUUGUCACUAUCAAGGACACAUACAGGUACGCCUCCACCCUCUCCCUGCCUCGCCUGAAGCCCUCCGAGGCUGGCCGCUACUCCUUCCUGGCCAGGAACGCCGGAGGCGAGGACGCCCUGACCUUUGAGCUCACCCUUCGCUACCCCCCAGAGGUAAAAGUGUCAGGAGCCUUUAUCAACGGUUCUGAGGCCCUGUUCUGUGUCGCCUCUGGGUACCCCCAACCCAGUGUAACGUGGCUGCAGUGCAGAGGCCACACGGAAAGAUGUGAUGAGGCCCAAGUGCCGGUCUUGGAGGACUCACACCCAGAGGUCCUGAGCCAGGAGCCCUUCCACAAAGUGACCAUCCAGAGCCUGCUGGCUAUUGGGACCUUGGAACACAACAGGACGUAUCAGUGCAACGCCCACAACAGCGUGGGGAACAGCUCCCAGGCCUUCUGGUCCCUCUCUGCAAGAGCCACCACGCAGUCCCCUGAUGAGCCCCUGUUCACGCCGGUGCUGGUGGCUUGCGUGUCCAUCAUGGCCUUGCUGCUGCUGCUGCUCUUGCUGCUUCUGUACAAGUACAAGCAGAAGCCCAAGUACCAGGUGCGCUGGAAGAUCAUCGAGAGCUACGAGGGCAACAGCUACACCUUCAUCGACCCCACCCAGCUGCCCUACAACGAGAAGUGGGAGUUCCCCCGAAACAACUUGCAGUUUGGUAAGACCCUCGGAGCUGGCGCCUUUGGGAAGGUGGUAGAGGCCACGGCCUUUGGUCUGGGCAAGGAAGAUGCUGUCCUGAAGGUGGCUGUGAAGAUGCUGAAGUCCACGGCUCACGCUGACGAGAAAGAGGCCCUCAUGUCAGAACUGAAGAUCAUGAGUCACCUGGGCCAGCACGAGAACAUAGUCAACCUUCUGGGAGCCUGCACCCAUGGAGGCCCUGUCCUGGUCAUCACUGAGUACUGUUGCUAUGGCGACCUGCUCAACUUUCUGCGAAGAAAGGCUGAGGCCAUGCUGGGACCAAGCCUGAGUCCGGGCCAGGACCUUCAGGCAGGCACCGGCUACAAGAACAUCCACCUGGAGAAGAAAUACGUCCGCAGGGACAGUGGCUUCUCCAGCCAGGGUGUGGACACCUAUGUGGAGAUGAGGCCUGUCUCCACUUCUUCUUCAAACGACUCCUUCUCUGAGCAAGAGCUGGACAAGGAAGACGGGUGGCCGCUGGAGCUGCAGGACCUGCUCCACUUCUCGAGCCAGGUGGCCCAGGGCAUGGCCUUCCUUGCUUCUAAGAACUGCAUCCACCGGGACGUGGCGGCCCGAAAUGUGCUGCUGACCAGUGGGCGUGUGGCCAAGAUUGGGGACUUUGGGCUGGCUAGGGACAUCAUGAAUGACUCCAACUACAUCGUCAAGGGCAAUGCCCGCCUGCCCGUGAAGUGGAUGGCUCCGGAGAGCAUCUUUGACUGCGUCUACACUGUUCAGAGUGACGUCUGGUCCUACGGCAUCCUCCUCUGGGAGAUCUUCUCACUCGGGCUGAACCCCUACCCUGGCAUCCUGGUGAACAGCAAGUUCUAUAAACUGGUGAAGGAUGGAUACCAAAUGGCCCAGCCUGCGUUCGCCCCAAAGAACAUAUACAGCAUCAUGCAGGCCUGCUGGGCCCUGGAGCCCACCCGCAGACCCACCUUCCAGCAGAUCUGCUCCUUCCUUCAGGAGCAGGCCCAAGUGGACAGGAGAGAGGACUACACCAACCUGCCCAGCAGCAGCAGCAGCAGCGAGCCGGAGGAAGAGAGCUCCAGCGAGCACCUUGCCUGCUGUGAGCAAGGGGACAUUGCCCAGCCCCUGCUGCAGCCCAACAACUACCAGUUCUGCUGAAGAGGUGACAACAGGGAAGCCCUGCUCUCCCCUCCUCUAAGCUUCAACUCCUCCGUGGAUGGGGCACCAUGGGGAGAACAUACAGACUCUGCCCUUGAUCAAUUCA